AAUUUGUGGAUUAAUCAUCCUUUGGAUCCCUUGCUUUAUAAGCAGUGGCAUAUAUAAAGGACAAUCUUGCAUCAUAAUUCGCCUCUCUAUCUUUUAUUUCUCUUAAAACCCCAAAAUAUGUCAAAAAUUAUCAGUAUUAAGGCAGUGGUUGACACUGUGUGUCCAUGGUGUUUUAUUGGUAAACGUCGACUCGAAAAAGCCGUGGGCCAAGUAAAGCAAAAUCAUCCUGAGGUUCAGUUUCAAAUCAAAUGGCUUCCUUUCCAAUUACAACCUGAUUUUGGUGAACCCGAGCCUAAACUCCAAUUCUACAACAAGAGAUUCGGAGAAGCAAAGUUUACACAAAGACGUCCCAUCAUCACUGCUGCUGCUAAUUCUGAAGGGAUCGAUAUCAAAUUCACCGGAGUUUAUGCAAACACUUUUAACUCGCAUCGUCUUAUUUGGUGGGCUGACCAGUUUGGUAAACAAGACCAGACCGUUGAAGAAGUCAUGAAAUUAUACUUUGAAAUCAAUGGCAAUCUUGCUGACCCGGAGCAGUUGGCCAGUGCCGCUGAAAAGGCUGGUCUGGACAAGCAAAAGGCUCUCGAGUUUUUACAGAGUCAACAAGGCGUGGCUGAAGUCAAGAAUUUGAUAUUGCAAAACGCCUUGGGUCAAGUCAGCGGUGUGCCUCAUUUUACUAUCAACAACAAAUAUGUUGUCUCAGGUGCGCAAGAGCCGGAAACCUUGGCUGCCGCUUUUGAAGAGAUCUUGAAAGAGGAGUAAUAAGAGCGUUAUUUUAUUUAUUUUGAUAGCCGCCCCUCUCUCAUAUAAUAAUAAUAAUAAACACGUUUCUUUUACGCAAAAACUUUUUUUUUUCACAUCUCUUUUUCUCUCUCUCCUCUCUUUGAUUGUCCAACAUGCAAGCAACUUCGGCUCUUGCAAUCCUGUUUCCGGGAAAUGCCAUGGUCAAUUCUCUUUUGGCCACGUCGUACAUUUCCAUCAUUCCUAACUUACUCUUGUACUUUGUUCCUCCCAAUAUCAGUCCCUCUACUUUAAACGU